AGGGUGGCCUGGCUUUGGGGCUCGAGCGCCUCGGAGGUGGGGCGGGCGGGGCGCCGUGGACCUCGCUGGCCAGCCAUGGACGACGCCUUGCUGUGCAGAGUCCAGGCGCUGGUUGCUGCCGAGCCGUCCCUGGGCUACCGAGGGCUGCACGCGAAGCUGAAGUCAGAGCCCGAGUUCCAGCAGGUUUCGCUCAAGAAGGUGCAGACCGUUCUCCAGGCCCUUCGCCGCGAGGAGGAGGCGGCGGCAGCCGCGCCACCCGUACGGCGAGCGGCGCCAGGAGAGAACCUCUGGACCGCGGCGAGCGACGGCGACAUCGCGAGGGUGGAGGAGCUCAUGGCACUGGAGGGCUUCACCCCGAGCUCGCCGGACGAGAACGGCUACACGCCUGUGCACGCUGCAGCGUCCUGGGGGCACCCCGAGUUGCUGCGACUGCUGCUGUCGCGAGGCAGCGAAGCGGCCAACGUUCGCGACGAAGACGGGGACACGCCUCUCCAUCACGUCGCAGGGAACAACGACCUGGCAGCCGAGUCGCAGCGCGCUGUGAUUGAUCUGCUGCUGGAGCACAGGGCCGACCCCACGCUGCAGAACUCGGAGGGGAAGACCUGCCUGGACGCCUGCGGCCAGGACGUGGUCGCCAUGGACGACGAGGAGGCCACCGAGCCUCCCAACGAGGAGGUCUGCAUAAACGUUGACUUCAUCAAGAUAAUGGCGGAGCGCGGGUACGAGCACCAGUGACGUGGACGUUUCGCAGGGGGCGCCUCGCUGGGUCGCGUGAUGGCGGCGCGCGGCCCGCUCCUCCGUGGGGCUCUGCGGCGCGGCGGCCCCACGGCAGCGCGCUGCCGAGGGGUGGUAAGCGCCCGCGCCACGCGCCGCGCCUGCGAGGCCAGACAAAGGGCGGCCCCUCCGGCCCUCCGCCGCCUCCGCGCCGGGGGUGCCCCAUCGUGGGCGGGCCUCGCCCUCGAGGCGCCGAGAGGCUUUGGAGCGCCCGCUCCCAGGCGGACAGCCCGCCUCCUCCUCCUCCUCCUCCUCCUCCUCC